AUGGUGUUUUACGGCGGCCAAGAAGAACUCGACAAUCUUGUCUGGGAUAGAAAUGACGAGGAUUCUGAGGCAGCGCAGAAUCAACUGAGGCUUAAAACCUUCUGCCUUCAAGUGGAAGAAUUUGUCCAGUAUCAAUUCGGUAAACCAGCAACACUCAUUUCGCCCUUGAUCUUUCGAGGGUUCAACGUUCUCUACCGAGUGCAAGUGGAAGAAAUGUCGCCUCAUGUUGUGGUUCGACUUCCAUGCCCAAGCCUCGUUCAGUUCCCUGGUGAGAAGACAAUGUAUAAGGCAGCGACAGCUUGUCUUGUGGCACAAGAGACCAAGUUGCCGGUUCCGCGCCAUUUGCACUUCGGCCAAGACUCGGUGUUAGGUCCCUUUAUCAUCAUGGAGCGACGAGAGAAUAGUGGGAGCAUAUCUGCCAGGCUAACACGGCCAAAUAAAGACCUGCCAGUGCCCCACGUCCUUGACCCAAACGUAUCUGAGUCUCUUUUGCAUGCUAUCUGGCAAAGAGUAGCGCAUUGCUUGUUGGCAAUGUCCCGACUAGCUUUCCCAAGGAUUGGAUCUCUGCUCCAAACUCAUACUCAUAUCUAUGAAGUUGCCGGUCGUCCAUCGUCUCAUAAUAUGACCGACAUGGUUCGUCUAGCAAACAUACCAAGGUGUAUCUUGCCUCCAGAGAGCCAGACUUACACAGGUACGGAUGAGUGGUACACCGUCCUGGCGGAGAUGCAUAUUGCGCAACUUUCAUCUCGGAUUUUGCCAGAAACACUAUCAUCAUGCCCUCCCAACUCUGGCCCUUUCCGGCUAUGGGGCGAUGACUUUCGCGCAGGCAACAUACUGCUUGACGACUCGGAUGAGAUAGCUGCUCCCAUUGACUGGGAGUAUACAUAUGCUGGACCAAUGCAAUUUAUUCUUGACCCGCCCUGGUGGUUGCUACUUGAGACCGCAGAAAUGUGGUCACCGGAUCUCAACGACUGGAAGCAAACCUACGAGUCUAGUUUAGGCAUUUGGCUUUUGGCUAUGGAGAAAGCAGAAGCCAGCAUGGGCAAAUCAGCCUAUAACACUUUCCCAGUGCCCCUAUCUAGGUAUAUGCGCGAAAGCUGGCGAACAGGACGCUUCUUUCUAAGCUAUGCGGCCCGUAAGAGUUGGGCAUUUGACUCUAUGUACUGGAACUUGCUAGAUGAGAGGUUCUUUGGUGAUCGAGAUCCUGGCGUGGUGAAAGGCGAUCUCUGGACGACACGGAUUGACUUGUUGAGUGAUGACGAGAGAGCUGCCAUGGAGCCCUUUAUACAGAGGAAGAUGGCUGAGAGCAAGGAAAGGCGUAUUGUCGAAUGGGAUGAGACUGAGGCACAGAAGCGGUUUUCUGAACUCCUGUUCAACUAG